AUGACUGUGAAGAAGAACGUUGUUCAAGAGCUAAAAGAAGAAGCAGAUUCUACAGUAUUCAAGGGUAAGUCACCUUUUGCCAUUCAAUUAUCUCAUUUUUAGUUCUGUACUACAAGAUAGCCGGAUCAAAUGUGGAUCGACAAAUGUUCGUCAAAAAGGACCCCAGCGACAAUAAAUCUUUGGUGUUGGGAUCGAUACCUUUCUUCUUGACUACUGUAAGUUUUUUGAAGGAUAUAGUUAUUUUGAUAAAGCUUUAAAGAAAUAAAAACAGAGCAUGAAUAGAACAAUAUAGUUACUCCAAUGGAUUUUUAUUGCAGGAAAAACUGCUAGAGUUGUUCCAAACGAUCACGAACAAGAAAUCAGUGGAUGAAGUUGUGAAACGAGGAGAUAACCCGAAUCAGGUAUGUUUUCUUCGGUCUAUUUUGACAUUACUGUAGUUAAUACGUUUAUAUAUGAAAGUUAAAGCUUUUUUUAUAAGCUUUUUUGUAAAUGGGAAGGUAGGACUCUGUGCAUAUCGUUUCAAUAUGACGAAUUUCAGGGUUACACUUCAGCCAAAGUGACGUUUUUGACUGAAAAGUCGGCCGAAUCUACUUAUAACAAGGUCCAAACUCUAGAUGGACUUACAGUAUCACGACCUAGUGGCUUCGGCUUACAAGCUUAUGUUAAAGAGUACAAUGAAGGUCUUCAAGGCUUCAAAGAAGAACUGCAAAGAGCCAACAUUAUCACACAAGCUCACCAAGAGUUCUUGGUUAAUGUAAGUUGGUUUAGCACUUUUAAUUCGUAGCAUCCUAUUGAGUUAAGUUUUUUAACCGAAUAUGCUGUAACACAUUAUUUUAAUGUUAUGGUUACUAACGGUUUAUUUUUAGAGAAAAGCCGAAGCCAAGAACAAGAAGAACAAACCAGAUGAAGAUGGCUGGGUUACUGUUACAAGCAAAGGUAAGCUAUUACUAUAAUUUUUAAUGUACGUAAAGUUUAAAGUAACGAAUUAUUUGUACUCAUACUUAUCUUGUAGACCGUCAUGUAUUCAAGUCGCCAAAACUUGCUGGAAUUAAGAAAAAGACCAAGGGAAAGAAGCCGGAAGCCAAAAAGAGCAUCCAAUUGUUAUAA